AUGCUGUUUGAACCAGAAUAUCCAGUCGAAUUGGACUCUCCAAAGGAUGAUUCAUUCACAAAAACAGAGCUUCUUAGAUACGAUGGUGUAAAUUCUGAGAAAAUAUACGUGGGGGUGAAAGGUGUGGUAUUUGAUGUUUCUAAAAAUAAAAAGGUAUAUGGCCCGGGAGGCUCCUAUCAUAUUUUCGCUGGUAAAGACUCAUCCAGGGGUUUAGGUAAAUCAUCACUUAAUUUGGAAGAUAAUACUACGGAAAACUCGUCCAAGAUUGAUGAUUUUACAACGGAGGAAUCGGGGGUUUUGGAUGAUUGGUUUACAUUCUUCAGCAAACGUUAUAACAUUAUGGGAAAAAUGGUGGCUUAA